AUGUCUCUGUUUCAGCAUCGCCAGCUGGCACCCACAGCUUUCAGCUUCAUCCAACUUUGCUUAUUGCUCUGCGCCUCCUCUCUCCCCCCGAAUAUCUUCGGUCGAGGGAUGGAGCUGAAGACCCAAGUCCGGGGAGUCUUAUUCCCGUGGCUAUUCUUAUCGAGACCCUUCCUCUGUGUCUGUCUCUCGCUUGCUUCUUCCUGUUGGCGAUCAGCCUUUUCCUUGUCUAGGACACGAAUCCGGUCUAUUGGAUGUCGAUGCCAAUCUUACUGCCGCAUCAACAAGUUCAGCCCUUUUUUUCUCACACAGGCGCGGGCUUACAACCGUUUCAAUGACCCACCGUUUCGGAUUCUCAUUGGUUGGUGGCUGCUUACCUUGGUCUCUUGGGGAGCACUGGGAUCAAUCACUGAUCUUCCCCCCCCGCAAUGGUCUCACGUUACGUGCAACCUUGGCACCGUAAUGUGCACAUCAUCACCCUCGAGCACUUUCAACCCUUGCUGGCGCCAUUCAGAUCCCAGUUGCCCAGUUUCCGCCUAG